AGUUCGAUUUCAAACACUGAAAUCUCUCCGUAGCGGGCAUCCUGGAAACGUCUCAUUCGUAUAAUUCGACUGUUUUCGGGGGAUCGACCCCUAUCGGAGAAAAAGACGACCUUUGAUCGUGAGUAGCCUCUUUUACGAGCCGUCUCUUGUGGUCGGUCCUGAGCUCCGUGAGAGACCCCACGAGGAGUUUUCGUAUUGUCUCCGGCUUACUAGAUUCAGCAACCGUUCUUAGUGGCACAGAAGUGUCAACGCGACUAUUGCCGAAUCGACCACCGUCACCUCAGUAUCGGAGAAAUCUGCAGGGUUCCGAAGGCGUUUAACGCCGCUACAAUGACCUGCUUCGGAGCCAAGAGAAGCCUUGACUGUCUUUGAAAGCUGCGAACGAGGAAGAAAAUGUACACCAAGUGCUUCAGCUGCGGUGAGGACGGCGUUCUAUACAACAGUGAGCAGCGAUGCGAGGUCUGCGUGUACUGCGGGGUGGUGAACGCGGAUUCGCUUCUGGCCGAGUUGGCGGCUGAUUCUGCCGCAUCGCUAUCGCAAACAGAGACGAAGUUCGGCUUCAGGAGGAAUGGAACACGUCAAGCGCUCACGACGUACGCGACGGCGGACUCCAAAUCCGGUCUCACGAAAACCGGCCAGCUGGGCAGAGAGUGUCUCGAACGAAUCAUGGCAUCGUACGGGGUUCCGGCUUCAACUCAAGGGCAAGCCCUCCAGAUGUACUGGGACAACCUCAGGCGAAGAUUCCACUACCGCGAGGCCAAAGCUCUCGCGGGCGCAGUUUUCAUGACGAUCAUGCGCAUGGAGAAGCGAGUCGUGACCUUCAAGGAACUUUCGGAAUUUUGUGACACCCCCGUGAAAAUAAUAGGAAGACAAUUCAAGCUCGUGCAGAAGGACCUCAUUUCAAAAGGUCACGUCUUGGCCCACCAGCCUUCGAUCAACGAAACGGUGCAGUCUUCUAUCGAUCUGUACGCGAACAAAAUUCCUCAAGGGAAGCCUCUGAAUUUGCCGGAAGUCGUCAAGAAAUCCCUGAUGCUCGUCGAGUGGAUCGACUCGUGCACGAUUGUACAGCAAUGGCCACCGCAUCUCUUCGCACUCUCGGUUUUCUACCUCGCAUUCAAGACGGUCAACGUGGCUGAUUGUUUCAACAUGCAGCUCAAGGAUCUCAAUAGCAUGUACGAUCUCUGUCACGAGAAAGUCCUGAGCAUACCGACGUUCAACAGGAUAUCACCGAAAUCGCUCGUCCAGGAAAUCAUCGACGUGAUCAACAGCCGGGGCUGCAGCGCAAUCUCAGUGACCCACGAUAGUUUUUUCUUCCUCUUCGAUAUGAUCAUGGAGAUGAAACCGGUGUUCGAGUACAAAGUUGCGUCGGAGACGCGCACCACCGAAAACGACGAGGCUUUCAAGAGGUUCCGAGAGGAGAAAGCAGCUCAGGAAUUGCGAGAACUGCAGGCAGCGGAAGCAGGGGCUACCGACGAUAAUCUUUCGGCGAUCGAUGACAGCGAGAUAAGCGAGUACAUUCUCUCGGACACGGAAGUCGAAAGGAGGCAGCAAAUGAUCAAUAUCAGCAAGAAAGACCCAUAA